CAACGAUUAAGACGAACGUUCGUCAGGUGGAGGAGACAUACAUGUCGGUGCUGAACAUCCAGCGAUCCAUGGUGCAGCUGAAUCAGAUGUUUAUGGAUUUGGCGUUCCUUGUGAACGAGCAGGGGGAGAGCAUCGAUAAGAUUGAGAUGAAUAUUUCGAAAGCUGCGUCUCGAGUGAACGAUGCGAAUAAAGCGCUGGAGGAGUCGAUUAAAGAGGCGAAGAAGAAUCGAAAACGAAAGUGCUGUGUUCUGAUUAUCGUUAUCGUUUUGGCGAUUGUUGUGGUAACUGUUUUAGUACCGUUCCUGUUUUGUGUUUGUUGA